CUGGUGUUAAGGUUCCGGUUAAAGAUGAGGCCAGUUUAAACUUCAAGGCAAGUUAAUUGUAUUUGACAAAUACAAGUGUGUAAACACUCAUGUGAAUGUUAUCUUUAAAACAGAGUGGAGUUUUGGUGGAGGAAUUGAAUAGGGUGAACGCCGAGAACCAGAGGCUAACCGAGAUGCUAACAGUUUUAUGCGAACAAUACUACGCUUUGCAGCACCAAUUCAAUCAAGUAAAGAGCAAGACCUCUGAAAACGAAGCUCCAUCAAAGAAGAGAAAAUCAGAGUGCGAGGAUUACACGAACCACGUGAUUGGAUUCAGUGAGAGCAGCUCUAGCCAUGAAGAGUGGAGCAAAAAGCCCAAGGAGUGUGUUAAACCCAAGAUAUCAAGGGUUCUAGUCCCCACAAAUACCUCGGAUACUAGCCUGAUUGUGAGGGAUGGAUAUCAGUGGAGGAAAUAUGGUCAAAAGGUCACAAGAGAUAACCCCUGUCCGAGAGCAUAUUUCAGGUGCUCCUUUGCCUCAACUUGUCCAGUUAAGAAAAAGGUGCAAAGAAAUGCUGAAGAUCCAUCGGUAUUAGUGGCUACAUAUGAAGGAGCGCACAACCACGACCAUAAUGCUCCGGCAGAACAAGGAUCAUUAAGCCCCAGCAGCAACAGGGGCUCAGCAUCUGCCCAAACCAAAGCUUCAGCUCCUAGGGUCACUCUUGAUUUGAUGCAACUAGCUGGAUUGGGGGAUGAUACCCAAAAUCCAGCUCAACUAAUUGAUGCACCAGCUAUCCACCAACUCUUAGUUCAUCAAAUGGCUGCUUCUUUGACUAGAGACCCUCAUUUCACAGCAGCUCUUGCUGCAGCCAUUUCAGGCCGAGUUGUAAGCCAACAUAUGAUAAGAAAGUCAUAG